ACCACCUCCAAAUCACCUCCCCUCAAUUCCUCUUCCUCCUUCCUCCCUCCUCCUUCCUCCGAAACAAUAAAACCAGAAAGAAAAGGAACAAAAGAAAAGAAAUGGUAAAACCACUAACCUUCAAGGGCGACAAGCCCAAAAAGGCCAAAAAGCGCAGCGCGCCCUACCCACCGAGCAAACCAACCACCACCACGAAACCCACGCAAGAAGAAACCGCCGAGCAAGAAUCCACAGCCGAAGACCAAAGCUGGGUAUCAGCGGACGCACCCUCGGACAUUGCGGGGCCCGUCAUCAUCGUUCUCCCCUCAGACCCUCCGACCUGCAUAGCCAGCGAUGCCAAUGGGAAGGUCUUCGCGAGCGAGAUCGAGAAUCUGAUUGAGGGGGAUCCGGGUACGGCAGAGCCGCAUGAUGUUAGGCAGGUUUGGGUUGCGACUAAGGUUGCGGGCACGGAGGGUAUUAGUUUUAAGGGGCAGCAUGGGAAGUAUUUGGGCUGCGACAAUUAUGGAAUUCUGAGUGCCGCGUCAUCGGCUAUUUCGCAUCAGGAAUCGUUUGUUGUUAUUCCGUCCGAGGUGCCUGGGUCGUUCUGUCUGCAGACUGGUGGUGGUGAUAAGGAGACGUUUGUUUCUGUUAUGGAGGGGAAGUCGAGUAAGGCGGCGAGUGGGAGUGUGGUCGAGGUUCGGGGUGAUGCGACGAGUCUCUCGUUUGAGACGACGAUGAGGAUUCGCAUGCAGGCGCGGUUCAAGCCGCGGAUUAAGGCCAGCAAGGAAACGAAGGCGAAGGAGAAGAUUAGUCGGAAGGAGUUGGAGGAGAUUGUCGGGAGGAGACUGGAUGAUGAUGAGGUGAGGAGGUUGAAGAAGGCAAGGAAGGAAGGGAACUUUCAUGAGGAGGUGCUGGAUGUUAGGGUUAGGGGGAAGCAUGAUAAGUUUGCUUGAGUUGGUUUCGUUUUUUCCUUUUCAUGCUGUUGUUUCUUUGGGGUUAUGCAUGGUACCAUGUCAACAGUUGAGCUUUUACUUGGGAUGUUUCUUGGGUAUGGUUAGCCUGUGCAAGCUGGCUUGUCUGUACUUUUUCUGUUUGUUACAAUAUAUGGAGCUUUGCGUUCUUUCAUGUACCAUAUAGGGUUGAGGUGGAUAGAUCAUAUAUGAAUGUGGUGAUCGUGUACUAGCAAUUAAUGUGAUAUCAGGC